AUGGCCGUCAAGGGACAAGCUAUAGCUGAUCAUUUGGCAGAAAAUCCAAAGGACAAUGACUAUCAACCGCUCCAUACCUAUUUCCCUGAUGAAAAGGUUUUAUUUGUCGCUGCCGUGGAAGAUAUGAUCGAGCGGUGCCCUGAAUGGAGAUUGUUUUUCGAUGGUGCAGCUAAUUCUUUUGGAGUCGGAAUAGGAGCAGUUCUUGUAUCCCCGGAAGGGAAGCAUUACCCUGGAGCUACUAAAUUGCAAUUUGUCUGCACAAAUAAUAUGGCCGAGUAUGAAGCAUGUAUUUUUGGUCUUAAAAUGGCUUUGGAAAUGGAAGUUAAGGAGUUAAUAGCCUUCAGUGAUUCAGAUUUACUCGUGCACCAAACAUUGAAGCAAUGGAUAACCAAAGAUUCAAAAAUCUUGCCAUACCACUACAAGACAUCUGACAAAAGCCCUUGGUACAAUGAUAUUAAGGAAUUCAUCAAAACCGGGUCUUACCCUCCAGAAGCUAGUGCAAAUGACAAGGGUUUCCUGCGCAGAAUGGCCUCAAAGUUUUUCUUAAAUGGAGAGGUAUUAUACAAAAGGACCUCAGAUUUGAACCUCUUAAGGUGCAUCAAUGAAGAUGAAGCUCAAUACAUGAUGAAAGAGGUGCAUAGCGGUGUCUGCGGACCUCACAUGAAUGAACAUUUGUUGGCAAAGAAAAUUAUGAGAACCGGGUAUUUUUGGCUUACAAUGGAACGCGAUUGCAUAGAUUUUGUCCGGAGAUGUAUUAAAUGUCAAGUGCAUGGCGACAUCAUACGCGCUCCUCCCACCGAAUUGCACAGUAUGAUUGCCCCAUGGCCCUGCUCGAUGUGGGGUAUGGAUGUGAUUGGCACAAUUGACCCUCCUGCUUCAAAUGGGCAUCGAUUUAUAUUGGUGGCAAUUGAGUACUUCACCAAAUGGGUCGAAGCGGAAUCAUUCAAGCACGUGACAAAGAAGGUGGUGACGAAUUUCUUAAGAGAUCACAUCAUAUGCCGAUUUGGGGUGCCAGAAACUUUGAUUACAGACAAUGCCAAGAAUCUCAACAAUGACAUGGUGGACGGGCUAUGCGAACAGUUCAAAAUCAGACAUCGCAACUCUGCCAUUUAUAGACCACAGAUGAAUGGAGCCGUGGAGGCCGCAAACAAGAAUUUGAAGAAGAUCAUCCGUAAAAUGACUGAAAGGCACCACGAUUGGCAUGAAAAGCUCCCUUAUGCACUAUUGGCAUAUCAGACCUCUAUCCGAACAUCAACUGGGGCAACCCCCUACUCGCUCAUGUAUGGAAUGGAAGCUGUGCUACCUGCUGAGGUCGAAAUCCCUUCAUUGCGGGUUCUAAUGGAGACCAAGUUGGAAGAGGCUGAUUGGAUAAAGCAGCGUUAUGAACAACUGUCCUUGAUUGAUGAAAAAUGA